UUACAAUAAUGUGCCUGCCUCUCUGUUCUGUAGAGCCCAGUGGAUGUUUACAGGCUCCAGUCAGACCCACGGGGUGAAUGUCUCAUCAUAGACUGUGUUGGCAGUGAUGGAGACAUGUUGGAAGAGAUGUUCAGCGGGCUCCAAUUCAAGGUGACCCUGGUUAAGUGGCCGAGAGUGGAAGAUACCCUGUCUCUUCUCAGGCAGGCUGCCCAACCGAGGCAGACCCAGGAAGUUGAUGCCUUCGCCUGCUGCAUCAUCAGCCGUGGUACUGCUACCGAUCUGCUGGCUACAGACUCUCACAGGCUCGGGGUGCGUCUUGACACGGUCCGACACCUCUUCACCCCUGACUACUGCCCCAGGCUGGCUGGCAAGCCCAAGCUGUUCUUCAUCCAGACCUAUAGUGUGUCAGUCCCCCAGGACUGCUCCUCCAGGCCCACGGGUCACCCUGCUCACAGGGAGGGGGAUCUGGAGACAGACGGGUAUGGGGAACCUCUCAGUGUGGAGACAGUUCCCACCGACGCAGAUGUCUUCUGGAGCCACUGUUGGACAGAUGAGGGUCAGCUGGAGGAGAAGGACCAUCGGUCUGUGUACCUGCAGGCCCUGAGAGAGGCAGUUCAGAGGAGGAGAACACAUCUAGUGGAUGUCCAUACAGAGAUGAACAGGGUGAUCUUCGACCACAACAGAAGGAAUCCAGGAGCCAGAUACAACAUUAAUCUGAGACACACACUCAGGAAGAAUCUCUACAUGUUAUAGAUAGACAUAAUAUAGUUUUCUCUACUGUAUAACCACUGAGCAGUACUAGAUUAUAUUAUACAGUAUACAACAGCACCCUCUACUGGCAGCUUUGAUAACCACAACAGCACCCUCUACUGGCAGCUUUGAUAACCACAACAGCACCCUCUACUGGCAGCUUUGAUAACCACAACAGCACCCUCUACUGGCGGAAGCUUUGAUAAGCACAACAGCACCCUCUACUGGCAGCUUUGAUAAGCACAACAGCACCCUCUACUGGCGACAACUGUCUUGCAUCACAUUGAGCAGCUAGCGAGGAAGUAGUGCAAUCAAAACACAUUCAGUAUUUUAUUACUCUGUAUUUAUUCAAGACAUGUUUUUCUUUUUACUGAAGGAUGGAUGAAGGAUUUAAGAAUAUAAUGUGAAUUCAGAUCUGUGCAUUUUAAAAUGUAGCCAAGCCUGAUAAGUAGUAAUAAAACAUAGAC